UAAUCCUCCAAAGCCGUUCAGCCUUUUUAACCUUUGCUUUAUUCCCGUCCCUUUCGGUCUUUCUCGCUCUCCUCCACAAAUUUUCCCAGUUCCUGCAGGGCCCCCCAAGAAGAAUUUCGAAACCCCACUAGCUAGUUUCUUCGACUCUCUCUAUAUAUAAAUUGAGCAAGACCCGUUAUUUUCUAAACCUAGAAGAACUCUCAAGCUUUCUCCUCAGAAUACAACACCUACCAUACUAUUGCCCAUCUCUCAUUUCUCAAGCAUACAGAGUCGGCACCUUUCUUCCUUUACACCAACUCAAAAUUAUAUCAUAGGAAGAAUGAAAGAGUAUUGGACCUCCUUGGCAUCCCUUCUGGGCGUUUUGGCCUUCUGCCAAAGCCUCCUCCAAGUAGUCUUCCCACCCGAACUCCGGUACGCCACUGUCAAGCUCUUCAACAGGAUUUUCCACUGGUUCUCCUCCUACUGCUACUUCGACAUCACCGAGAUCGACGGAGUCAACACCAACGAGCUCUACAACGCCGUCCAGCUCUACCUCAGCUCCUCCGUCUCCAUCACCGGUAGCCGCCUCAGCCUCACCCGUGCCCUAAACUCCAGUGCCAUCACCUUCGGCCUCUCCAACAAUGACAGCAUCGUCGACACCUACAACGGCGUCACCGUUCUCUGGGAACACGUCGUCACGCAAAGGCAAGCUCAAACCUUCUCAUGGCGUCCUUUACCAGAAGAGAAACGAGGCUUCACUCUCCGACUCACGAAGCGCGACAAAACGCUGGUUCUUGAUUCGUAUCUGGAUUACAUAAUGGAAAAGGCCAACGAUAUACGAAGAAAGAACCAAGACCGUCUUUUGUACACGAACUCGAGAGGCGGUUCCUUGGACUCGAGGGGACACCCAUGGGAGUCUGUACCGUUUAAGCAUCCAAGCACAUUUGAGACCUUAGCCAUGGAUCCAACAAAGAAGCAGGAGAUUAUGGAGGAUCUCAUAGACUUCGCCAACGGUCAAGGAUUCUACCAGAAGACCGGGCGAGCAUGGAAAAGAGGGUACCUACUCUAUGGUCCCCCGGGGACAGGGAAAUCAAGCAUGAUCGCAGCCAUAGCAAAUUAUCUGGGUUACGACAUAUACGACUUGGAGCUGACCGAGGUGCAUACCAACUCGGAGCUGAGGAAGCUGCUGAUGAAGACGAGCUCCAAGUCGAUAAUUGUCAUUGAGGACAUAGAUUGCUCUCUAAGUUUGACGAACAGGAAGAAUGCUACUAGUACUAGUUCGUCCGCGAGAAGCGGUACUUACAGUGACAUGGGUGAAAUGCGAGGUGGGGGGUGUGGCUCUGGUGACGAUGGUGGGAAUAAUACGAUUACGCUCUCGGGGUUGUUAAAUUUUACGGACGGGUUAUGGUCUUGUUGUGGGAGCGAGAGGAUUUUCGUGUUCACCACGAACCACAUUGAGAAGCUUGACCCGGCAUUGCUGAGGAGUGGGAGGAUGGAUAUGCACAUAUUCAUGAGCUAUUGCUCAUUUCCGGCGUUGAAGAUACUUUUGAAGAAUUACUUAGGGUUUGAUGAGGUUGAUUUGGAUGAUACGGUCUUGCAGGAAUUGGAGGGUGUCGUUGACAAGGCCGAGAUGACUCCAGCGGAUGUUAGCGAGGUCUUGAUCAAGAACCGGAGGGAUAAGGUAAAGGCAGUGAGGGAGUUGUUGGAGGCGUUGAAGGUGAGGGCGGAGAGGAACGCAAAGAAGGGCGGGUUGUCGAGGGAGAGGGAUGUGGAGGAGGCCGAGGAGCAGGAGAAGAGGGCCUUGGAGACACCAAAGCAAGGAUGUGAGUUUCAGGAGGAGAGUUGCAGGAAAGAAAAAGAAAACGAGGAGAAAGAUGAUGGCACAAUAGAGAAAUGAAGGCCUUUGGUUUUCCUAUUUUAAAAUUUUUUUCUUCUGUGUUUUGCUUUGGUGCAGAAAAGGUAGGGAUGAAAUUUGCAUAUUGCUCCUUCAAGUUAUUAGAGCUUUUGAUCCUUUCCUUCUUAAUUUUUGGUGUUUAAACAUGUCAUGUAUAUCCAUAUCGUGUGCUUGAAUAAUGAACCAAAAUGAUGUGGGUCCAUAAAUUGGCUUAUUUAAAUGUGGUGUGGUUAGCUUGCUGCCCAUAGGGUCU